AUAAUACUGGCUGACAUACGUUUUUGGUGGGGCGGCCGAAGAAGCAAGGACGAAGAAUUGGUGGGAGUCGCGAGAUCUUCUGGCUCUUCGACGAGGUCGAUCGCAGUUCGCGGUGCGGUCUUGGCAAUUGUAGUUGGUCUGAAUGGAUUUCGAGAAAGGGUUGCCGUUGUACGUGAGCGGGAAGGUGACGACCGGCUUCGGCCGGGGCUCCAAGGAGCUCGGCAUCCCGACGGCCAACUACUCGGACGAGGUGGUGAGGAGUCUGCCGACCGACCUCGAGACAGGGGUCUACGGCGGUUGGGCCCAGGUCGACGGCGGCCACGUCCACAAAAUGGUCAUGAGCGUCGGUUGGAACCUCUUCUACAACAACAAAGAGAAAACAAUGGAAAUCCACAUCCUACACCCAUUCGAUAAGCCUUUCUACGGGGCCGAGAUGAAAGUCUGCGUCGUCAACUACAUCAGGCCGAUGACCGACUUUUCAUCCGUCGACGAACUCAUCGCUGCCAUCAAAACCGACAUUCAAACAGCCCAACGUGAGCUAGACCUCCCACAAUAUUCAAAAUACAAAAACGAUCCUUACUUCUCAUGAAAAGUGUUACUCAAUUUCGACUUAUUUACUUAACCAAAAUUUAGCAAUGUGAUAAACAUACAAGUUGUCAUUUUUAACUUAUUACCAA